AGUGCCGUAGUGGCGGGCAGCCGGGAUGGACUGCUUCGGAGCUGCAGGUCCCCCGGCAGAGGCGAAGACCCAGGCGCUGCCCAGCCACAGUCUGGCCGCCGGAUCUCCCUAGCGCCCACUCCAGCUGCCAUCUCCCUCCCCCGAGAGGGCUGCGUGGGCGGGAAGACGCUCCGACGCCAGCUUCGGUCCCCUUUCUGUCUCUCGGUUCCUCUUGCCUCCCAAGUAAGGGUAUAAACCGCGAGGAAGGAGCGCCCCGGGCCACCGCGCAACCAAGUGUUGCAUGGUGAGGAAGAGCCAGGACUUCUGUAUUUACCUUGACUGCAGACAGGAGGAUGCUGCCUGAGGAAUAGCAGAUGUCUUUUCUCAUCUGCUAAGAGGUCCUCGCUGCUGCCAUAGACGAGUGCUCCGGGGAGUCUCCUGAACUGCUUAUCCGUUACACACCUGCAAUGAGCCAGGCCCUGGGCUGGGCCCCAGCUUUACCCUGGUGAUACCACGAGGUUCCUAGCCUCCAGGCACUCUCACGCAGUUUAAAGAUGAGCAAAGAACAGUGGAUUUCCCUCACUCCAGAAGAAUUUGAACAGCUCCAGAAAUAUUCCGAAUAUUCCUCCAAGAAGAUAAAAGAUGUCUUGACUGAAUUUAAUGAGGGUGGGAGCCUCAAACAAUAUGACCCACAUGAGCCGAUUAGCUAUGAUGUCUUCAAGCUGUUCAUGAGGGCGUACCUGGAGGUGGACCUUCCUCAGCCACUGAGCACUCACCUCUUCCUGGCCUUCAGCCAGAAACCCAGACAGGAGACCCCUGAUUGCCCAAAGGAGGGAGCCAGCAGCAGCGAGGUCACUGGCCCAGAUCCUAAUACGCAGAGUGUGGAUAAUGCUGCCAAAGCAGAUGAGGCCUGUGCCCCUGACACUGAAUCAAGGGCAGCCAGGAAGCAAAAACCAGCUGAAGAUCAAGUGGCUGCCACCUUCCCGGGAGCCCCUGCUGCUGCGUGCUCAGAAUCCGCCAUAGUGUAUCUGAAGGAUGUUAUGUGCUACCUGUCCCUGCUGGAGACAGGGAGACCCCAGGAUAAGCUAGAGUUCAUGUUCCGUCUCUAUGAUUCAGAUGAGAACGGUCUCCUGGACCAAGCGGAGAUGGAUCUCAUUGUCAACCAAAUGCUGCAUGUCGCCCAGUACCUGGAGUGGGAUCCCACAGAACUCAGGCCUAUCUUGAAAGAGAUGUUGCACACAAUGGACUAUGACCAGGACGGAUUUGUGUCACUACAGGAAUGGGUCCAUGGAGGGAUGACCACCAUCCCAUUGCUGGUCCUCAUGGGCAUGGAUGACUCUGGCUCCAAGGGGGACGGGAGGCACGUCUGGACCAUGAAGCAUUUCAAGAAACCGACCUACUGCAGCUUCUGCCACAUCAUGCUGAUGGGUGUCCGGAAGCAAGGCCUGUGUUGCACUUACUGUAAAUACACUGUCCACGAACGCUGUGUAUCCAAAAACAUUCCAGGAUGUGUCAAAACAUACUCAAAAGCCAAAAGGAGCGGCGAGUUUCACCGCAAAUGUGAAUUAUCAACAUUGUGUGAUGGUGGGGAACUCAGAGACCAUAUUUUGCUGCCCACCUCAAUAUGCCCCAUUACCCGGUAUAAGAUCAUCCCCACCCCGGGUACCCACCCGCUGCUGGUCUUGGUGAACCCCAAGAGUGGAGGGAGACAAGGAGAAAGAAUUCUUCGGAAAUUCCACUACCUGCUCAACCCCAAACAAGUUUUUAGCUUGGACAACGGGGGGCCCACUCCAGGAUUGAACUUUUUCCGUGAUACUCCAGACUUCCGGGUUUUAGCCUGCGGAGGAGACGGGACAGUUGGCUGGAUUUUGGACUGCAUUGAUAAGGCCAACUUGGCGAAGCAUCCACCAGUGGCUGUUCUGCCCCUUGGAACAGGAAAUGACCUUGCCCGUUGUCUCCGCUGGGGAGGAGGUUACGAAGGCGGCAGCUUAACAAAAAUCCUGAAGGACAUUGAGCAGAGCCCCUUGGUGAUGCUGGACCGUUGGCACCUAGAAGUCAUCCCCAGAGAGGAGGUGGAAAAUGGAGACCAGGUCCCAUACAGCAUCAUGAACAACUACUUCUCCAUCGGUGUGGAUGCCUCCAUUGCACACAGAUUCCACGUGAUGAGAGAGAAACACCCUGAAAAAUUCAACAGCAGGAUGAAGAACAAGCUGUGGUACUUUGAAUUUGGCACCUCGGAGACCUUUGCUGCCACCUGCAAGAAACUCCAUGACCACAUAGAAUUGGAGUGUGAUGGGGUUGGGGUGGACCUAAGCAACAUCUUCCUGGAAGGCAUUGCCAUUCUCAACAUUCCCAGCAUGUACGGAGGCACCAAUCUCUGGGGAGAAACCAAGAAGAACAGGGCUGUAAUCCGGGAAAGCAGAAAGAGCAUCACUGACCCCAAGGAACUAAAAUUCUGCGUCCAAGACCUCAGUGACCAGCUUCUCGAAGUGGUGGGGCUGGAGGGAGCCAUGGAGAUGGGACAGAUCUACACCGGCCUGAAGAGUGCAGGCAGGAGGUUGGCCCAGUGCUCCUCUGUCACCAUCAGGACCAACAAGCUGCUGCCAAUGCAAGUGGAUGGGGAGCCCUGGAUGCAGCCAUGCUGCACGAUUAAAAUUACUCACAAGAACCAAGCUCCCAUGAUGAUGGGGCCUCCCCAGAAGAGCAGCUUCUUUUCAUUGAGGAGAAAGAGCCGCUCAAAAGACUAACCAGCCAACGCCAGCUAAGCCAAGAGCCCAAGCAGGAAACUGUAACUACACACUCACACACACACAUUUAUGUGCACACACACACACACUCUUCUCCAACCAGUGGAAGCGAAGCCACCCUUCAGGAAGAAAACUUCACCUUGCCCCACGUCCUACCUAUUUCAGUAACAGAUACACCCUAACAGAGCCAGGGCCAACAUAACAUUUGGAAUGAUCUUCAGGCCCACGAGGGUGGGGUUAGCUCUUGUGGCAAGUUCACGUUCCCACAGGUCCUGAGGAGGACUUUCUGGGGCUGAGGGAGCUAUCCCCCUCCUUUCCACUAUCCCUGCAAGUUCCCUUAUGGACACUUGCGAGGAGCAGGCUGCAGGUUUCCUGCCUAAAGUGAGGUCGGAUGUGGCUGAGGGAAAGGGCUUCAGUUCCAGGGAACUUGCACAAAGGUCCUUCUGUACGGAGACA